AUGGGGUGGGGACUGCCUUCCAGAAGCAAAAAAUGUUCGAGUGCAGAAUCAAGAAUGGACAUCAGGGACCUACUCAAGAUGAAGCUCGAAACAAUUAAGGAAAUACCAGAAAUAACAGAGAAAAAUGGAGUUCUCACGAAGCAUAGGAGCGUGUUGAAGAAAGUAAAGAAGAUUCAUUUGAAGGUGAAGAUGGGACAGCUUUUUACAUCUCAAUUGAUCCUUAAAGAAUCUUAUGUGUUAUUCAUGAAAGGGUUAUCCUCCAAAGGUGGCUUGAGUGGACUUCCUCGAUAUGAAUGUCGAUUCAAAAGCUGA